AUGCGAGAUGUAGACAACCUAACUGAUUUGUUACCUACCCAUCUUAAAGUCGACUGGAGACGAAAGUAUCGUGAUUUAUCGUCUGCCGAGAAGCUUCAACCAUUUACUCCGCUAAUGAAGUUCCUAGACAGAGAACGUUCAGUUGUGGCUCGUUUAGCAGAGAAUCAGCAUUCUAAGAAAAGAGGAAAUGACAAUGCAAGAGGAUACAGCAAAACCUUUCAUGUUGAAAGAGGUGCAAAACACGGACAAAGAACCUACUACAAGUGUGCCUUCCCCACCCACAGAAAAGACACCAUAAAUCACACCACCGAACAGUGCAAAGAAUUCCAGAAGUUGUCCAUCAGCGGUAAAGAUGGCAGAUAUGAGUUGUUGAAGCAGGUAAACGCUUGUUUCAAAUGUUUUGGUAAUCAUAGGAAGCUUAACUGCCCCAAAAAACUCCCAUGUUCCUCAUGUGGAAGUGACCAACAUCAUUCCCUGCUGUGCAUCCCACCAAAGCUCCCAAAAGAUUCCGGGGAGAAAUCGAAAACUGGAGAUGAUGGGAACAAGGAAUUAGCAUCCUAUACCGUAGAAAGUGAUUCAAUGGCAUUAUACCCUAUCCACCAAGCGACCAUUAGCGACAGUGGUAGAAAAGUGUCCGUCUUCUGUGAUGGAGGCUCUAACGCAAGUUAUAUCACUCAUCGUGCUGCGGAAAGAAUCAAAGCAAAGAAAGUUAAAAAACUCUCUCUUGACGUGACAACUAUGGGAAAUGUCGAGAAAACGUACAACACGUGGCAAUACGAGUUUCCAAUCAACACAAGUGCUGGAAAGAAAGUCACUAUUACGGCCUUUGGCAUGGAGCGAAUUACUGGACAAGUAAGCAAACUGGAUCCUAAAGUCCUGGUAAAGUUAUUUCCAGAAUAUGAUCCUGAAACACUCCAGCGAAAGUCAACACACGUGGAUGUCCUGCUGGGCUGUGAUUACUUCGGUCUCCAUCCAAAGCAAGAAGAAGCUAGAUGUGGCGACAAUCUAAGUAUCAUGAAUGGAGCAUUGGGGAUUUGCCUCCAAGGCGCCCAUCCAGAUCUGAUCGAAGAAACAAGAUAUGACACCAAUCUCGCAAAGAAGAUACACGAUGUUAACGUGAAAGUGGAGACAUACAAGACACGCUUGGACUCACAUCCAGAGUUCCAUCCCAAUCAUACCAGAGAAUGUUCUGUUAAUGUAUCGAGUUCCUAUAGUCACCGAAAGGACGAAAGCCAGAUUGACAAUUUUAUACAAGGAGAAGAACUUGCCACCGAAAUUUCUCCACAAUGUGGUGGAUGUCGCUGUAAUAAGUGCCCUACUGUCGGACACACUUACUCUUUCAAGGAAGAACAGGAAUUAAAACUGAUUCAAGAAAACCUCGAGUACGACGAAGUUAACCAAUGCUGGAUAACCAGUUAUCCCUGGCUCGUAGAUCCACAAAGUUUACCCGACAAUUAUCACACAGCACUUGCUACGUUAGAAAGAACUGAAAGAACGCUUAAGAAAGAUGACCAAUGGGCUAAGACGUACAAGAGCCAAAUGGACGAUAUGGUCGAUCGUUGUGUAGCAAGAAAACUAGCAUCCGAAGAAGUAAAGAGCUGGACUGGCCCGGUGUUCUAUAUCUCCCAUUUAGCAGUUGUAAACCCGCAUUCCAAUUCUACGCCCGUGAGAAUUGUGUUCAACUCCAGCCAAACGCACAAAGGUGUUUCAUUAAAUGCUUGUCUCGCAAAAGGUCCAGACAGCUACAUGAACAACUUGGUUGGUAUUCUUCUACGUUGGAGAGAAGAAAGAGUAGCGCUAAUCGGAGAUAUUCGAAAGAUGUUCAACUCGGUUUAUUUGAAGGCCUUGGAACAGCAUUGCCACCGUUUCCUAUGGCGAGAUUUACAGCAGCAUCGCCCACCGGACAUUUACGUUAUACAACGAGUCAAUAUGGGCGAUACACCAGCCCCCGCCAUCAGCACAGAAGCUGUCUACAAGACCGCGGAGUUGUAUCGAGAGGAUAGUCCACAAGCCGCAAAUCUCCUAAAACAUUCCAGUUACGUGGAUGAUUUGAUUGACUCACGUCCAAGUAAACCCGACGCGUUAAAGAUUGCCAAGGAAGCCGAGGAUAUCCUUGCCAAAGGAGGAUUUGCUGUAAAGUGCUGGCAAUUUAGUGGCGAAACACAACCUCGCGUGAAAGAAGAGUUGUUAAAAUUGGACCUGCCAGAAAAGAGUGUUGAAAGCUCAGACCAAGGACUAAUAAUGUUAAAAGGAACUGACGAAAACUUACGAGUGCUCGGUCUGGGAUGGAAUCCAAAGCAAGACACCAUCACCUAUGAAGUAACUUUGAAUUUCAGUAGCAAGAGACGCGGAGUUCGAACCGGUCCAAACCUGCUAGAAAGCGACCUACCAAGUGCAUUACCGAAUGUGUUAACCAGACGAAUCGUUCUUGAGCAAGUAAUGAAGAUUUAUGACCCACUCGGACUAAUUUCUCCAUUUACAUUGAUGGCCAAGAUAUACUUACGCGAAACCUGGUCCCGCAAGCUCGGAUGGGAUGACCCACUUCCAGCAGAACUUUGCAACAAAUGGUCCAAUUUCUUCACUGCUCUUUUCAAACUUCAGCGUUUGUGUUUGGAGCGAUGCUUACGACCUGUGAAUAGCAAUGGACGCCCUUGGUUAAUAAUCUUGAGCGAUGGUAGUGAUCUCGCGUAUGGCUUCGCAGCUUACAUUCGAUGGAAAUUGGAUGAUGGAAGCUACUGGUGUAGGUUGAUCAUGGCGAAGUGUCGUAUUGCUCCAAUCAAUAAGUUAUCUACCCCUCAGAUGGAGUUAAACGCAGCUGUUCUGUCGAAAAGAGGAAGAAAGGUCAUCGAGAAAGAAAUGAGGUUCGACUUCGAGAGAGUUUUACAAAUCGUGGACUCAGAAACAGUCUUGAGUAUGAUCCACAAGACAAGCACACGUUUCAAAGUUUACGAGGGAGUACGAAUCGGAGAAAUCCAAGCAGCAACUGAAGGAGAUCUGACUUGCUGGGCUUGGAUGUCUGGCCAACAUAAUACAGCUGACUGGUUGACACGCGGCAGAACACCACAGGAGCUGAACAACGAUUCUCAUUGGUGGAAUGAACCGCCGAUUCUAUACCGACCGAUAGAAGAAUGGGGAUUAAAGUUUAACCCAAAGAAAGAACCACUCCCCGGUGAAAAGAAAGUCCAUGUUGUAGUAGCAGCAGCGAGCGUAGAGGCAUUGUUGAUCGACUAUGAAAGAUUCAGCAAUAUCAACAAAGCUAUUUGGGUCGUCGCGAGAUUGCUAAACAUUGCGAAGAAGAAAAGUUUUAAAGGCGGAAGGACUCUGUCCAUCUCGGUUAAGCAAUUACAAGAAGCCGAGAACUUUAUUGUUAAAGAAGUUCAGAAAUCAUUUGAAAGUGAACUGACAAAAACUGACCGCAAAGGCAGAAAAGGUGGUCGUUUCGCUUGUUUGAAUCCAGUCCAAGAUGAAAGUGGACUCUGGGUAGUGGGACAGCGCCUGAAGAACAAAAAUCCUGGUGGAUGGCAGCCUAACGGUAAUAAUCCAGGAAAGCGUUAUCAUGUUGUCCAGAUCGUGACAGACGAGUUCUGGAAGAAAUGGACGGAGUUAUACGCCCCAACCUUGGUUAUUCGUCGCAAGUGGAGUACAGCCAACCGUAACCUGCGCCCAGGAGAUGUUGUAAUCAUCGCCGACCGUAAUACCUUGCGAGGAGAUUACCGUUUAGGUAUAGUACAAGAAGUGUUUCCCAGUCAAGACGGAAAAGUUCGUCGAGUAAAUGUGAUGUACAAGAAUUUUCAAAUUGGAGAAAAGGUACAAAAAUACAAAGGACAUAACGAGGCUGUCAUUGUGUCACGAAGUGCUCAGCGAUUAUCGUUAUUAGUACCAGUGGAUAUGGAUCAAGACCAGGAAACCAAGUCGGAAGCAAAAGAGAGUGUAUGA